ACCCAGAGCUGAUCAUCCCCCUGGUGUGGCCCAAAGGAACCUACGGCCUGUACAAGGCCUUGUCUGGUUGCCCUCGAGGAAACUUCAGCUGGCUCGAGGGUUGGAGGUUCCAGGACUGUGAGGACUUCGACACCACCAACAGUUUCUCUGGGAGCUUACACCUGGCAGGUACCUUUGAGCCGGACGGAGACAUCCUCACAGAGUUCUGCAUCAAGGGCAUACCGGAAGUAUCCGACUAUGAUCUCAGUUGGCCUAAGGGAGACUACUGUAUUCUGAAAUAUGGCGACUGUCCCGCAGGUUUUGGCGAGGGCUGGCUGCAGUGGGAUGACGAGGACGAUGUGGACCAGGACGGGAGCGUCACCUCUAGCGGCUACUUGCCGGACGGGGAGUACGGACAGAACACCAUGAUCUUCUACUGCUGCAGAAACGACAGUCUGCCCACACUACCCAUAAACCUUCCAGUCGAUAAGCCGUUCUACCUGCUGCGCCACUCCCGCUCCUGCCAGACCGCUGGAGGCUUCUCCCCCUUCGACGACGGAGAUCGAGAAAAUCACAGGCUACAUUUUUGCUACUACACCGGCUCCGACGCCCCGGAAAUUAACAAUAUAAUUGUUGGUUAA